AUGACUUCGAACGGAAACUUUGGGGCAGAGACAACUGCCGAAGAAGUAGCAGCUUCUUUUCGCGACCAGAUUGUCGGAAAGACGAUCCUCAUCACUGGCGUCAGUCCCAAUGGUCUCGGUGCUGCUACUGCCCAGGCUCUCGCCAAGUAUGAGCCUGCGAACUUGAUCUUCACAGCUCGAACAAUCUCCAAGGCAUCUGCCGUGGCUGAUAGCAUCCGGGCCGAAAAUUCAAAUCUGAAAACGCAGAUUCAUCUCGUCCACAUCGACUUGUCAGACCUGGAGAGCACUCGUCAGGCUGCUGCGAACAUCCAAAAAUUGGCACCGCGUAUCGACAUCAUCAUGAACAACGCAGCAGUAAUGGCCAUUCCCGAGAGAGAAAUGACAAAGUACGGACUUGAGGCACACCUUGUCACCAAUUUCCUUGGCCAUUUUGUCCUUGCGUCACUUCUUUCCGCGCAGUUGAAAGCCGCGGGGCCCAAGGCGCGGGUUGUUAACAUUGUCAGCGGCGGAUUCUACGUUCAACCGUUCCGCUUCACUGAUUACAACUUUGACGGCGGAAAAGACCUCCCAGAAGACGAGCAAGUCGACGUCGAGAAUGCGGAAAAGCUCGGCAUGGGGUGGGUAACGGGCCUCGGCACAGGAUACAUCCCAUUUCUGGCAUAUUCCCAAACUAGUACAGCAUUGAUGCUCUAUUCCAAGGGCCUGGUUGAGGGCUUCUCUGGAGAAAAGAUCAAGGCCUUUAGUGCCGCUCCUGGAGUCGUCUUGACGGAGCUUCAAAGACAUCUUCCAGGCGAGUUUAGGAACCAAAAAAUGGUAUACAAGUCUGCAAGCCAGGGAGCCGCAAGCUUUCUCGUCGCUGCUUUGGAUCCAAGUCUCGACGACCAUCCGGGAGCGUACAUUGAUGAUUGCCACAUCAAGCAGACACCGAAAUAUGCUCAUGAUGAAGCAGUUGCCCGUAGACUCUGGACAUUAGCUGAAUCAUGGGCGGCAAGUGCAUGA